AUGAGCUCCUCCGCCGCCGUGUUCACUCAGCUGGCCGCCGUCAUGGAGUCGCUGGUCUUCGCCGCGGUGGCGGAGCUACGGAAGCUGGUGGAGGACAGCGACGCCGGAGAAGAGCCGCCUCCCCCGGCCAGGGCGGCGGCCGAGAGCCGGGAGAAGACGGUGCAGUUUGCCUCCAUCAUGGAGACCCUGGGGAACGAGGCUCUGGGGAAGAUCAUGAACAUCGUGGACGAAGCCAAACUGCUGGUGGAGCCGGAGUCGGGGCGGAGCGGCCACAGACCUCAGACCAGCGUCCUCAACAUCCUCAACAGUGCACGAGUCGAGCUCGAACACUCGUACGGCCUCAGACUGCAGAGCUGCGACACCGACGGGUCGACUCGGACGCCGCUGCUUUUGACCAAACCAGACAAGGAGGGGGCGGAGCCUCAGUUUGUGCCAGCGGUCACCGUUAAAGACGAACACGGAAACAUCGACCUGGGAGCCAUCGCUGACAGAGCUCGGGAUGAAGCCGUUCACCCGUUCGCUCUCGACGUGCAGCAGCAGCAGCAGAACGUCUCCAGUUCUCCGGAGUUUGUCCUGCAGAGCGUCACAUGGAAAUACUUCAUGUGCACGGCAUGCGGGAAAUCCUUCCCGUCCAAGAGCGACCUCAAGUCGCACUACCUCAUCCACACGGGCCAGAAGCCGUUCGCCUGCAGCGUCUGCGGCCGAUCGUUCCGUCUGCGGCGCAGCAUGCAGAGCCACAUGAGCGUUCACUCGCACGAGCGGCCGUUCGAGUGUCCGCAGUGCGGGAAGCGUUUCACCAAACAGGCGCAGCUGAAGACGCACGCCAUCAUCCACACCGGGGAGAAGCCGUACGGCUGCAAGGUGUGCGGCCGCCACUUCAACCUGCUGCAGAAUCUGCACCGUCACGCCCACACGCACACGGGCAAGAAGUUCUUCGUCUGCAACGUGUGUGGGAAAGGUUUCACCCGCUCCGUCACGCUGAAGACUCACCAGCUCAUCCACACCGGACAGAAACCCUUGAAGUGCGAGGAGUGUCCCAAGACCUUCCGCCACCCCGUCAACCUCAAGAACCACCAGAGGAUCCACAGCGGCGUGCGGCCCUUCAGCUGCGACCUCUGCGGAAAGAACUUCCGCCAGUCGAUGAACCUGAAGAUCCACCGCAGGAUCCACACCGGCGAGCGGCCGUUCGGCUGCCGGGAGUGCGGCAAGACGUUCAGCCAGCAGAGCAGCCUGAUCUCGCACGGCCGCACGCACUCCAGCGACAAGCCGUUCGCCUGCGGCUCCUGCGACAAGAAAUUCAACAACGCCAACAGCCUGAAGCUGCACAUGCGCGUCCACACAGGCGAGAAGCCGUACGGCUGCGACGUCUGCGGCAAGAUGUUCAGUCAGGGCAGCCACCUGCGGACGCACAAGAGACACGUCCACGCCGGCGGCAAACAGUUCAUCUGUGAUAAGUGUGGGAAGAGAUACUCGGACCAGCGCAACCUGAAGCUGCAUAAGUGCGGCUACGCCUGAGCGUGAUGUCACGUCGUCUUCUCAUUUCCAUGAGACUUAAGCAUCUGAUUUAGUUUCAUUUCAGACGUUUUGUUAAAGAUUGAAGUUUUAUUAUUUCAGCUUUGAUGUCGCGGGAGGUUUUAACCAAUCAGAGCUCGUACAGGUUGAUGUGGGCAGGGCCAGAUGAACCUCAGCCGUUGCCAUGGAGACGACAUCAGAGGUCUGACAGCAAUGCACUCUGGGAGUUGCUCAGUGUGUAAUUAAUGAUUAGGAUGAUUGGAGCCUGCCUGGUCGAAGCCCCGCCCACUGAAACGUUGUCCUCCAAUUGGUUUAUUUAACUUUUUUCCUUAAAUUGUCUGUAAAUAGUCACAUUGCUGAUUUUUUAUAAUUUUUACAGACGAUAUUUAGAAAAUAUGAUUAAACCAAACUGCAAAACUAAA